AUGGAGGAUGAAGAACUUUUUGGACCUGGUGAUUUUUCAGAUAGUGGAGAAUUAGAAGUAGAUAACGUAAUGAAUGGGACUGAGAAUCAUGAGAAUGAUACACAAUUAACACCUGACCCAUUAAUUUCAUCUAAUAGUGAACAUCAAAAAAUAGUAUUUCCAUCGAUACCAGGUUUAUACCUUUAUAAAAAUUUGUUAACUCAAGAACAACAAAAUAAGCUUGUUGAUGCAAUUAUCCAUGAAGGUUAUUUUGAGAGACCAGAAUCAAAUCAAGCAAUGUGUUUUGGUACACUUCCACCUUUUAUUAUGCGAGUUGUUGAUAUUAUUGAAAAUAUACCUUCCAUUUUUCCUGAUGAAAUAAAAAAUAGAAAGCCUUUAUUUGAUCAG